CAAAUAUGAAUCAGUAUAAGAAUGCAAUUAUUGUGGCCCCAAUGGUGCGUGUUUGUACCCUGCCCUUUCGGCUCCUGGCUAUCGAUUAUGGAGUGGACCUUAUUUAUACAGAGGAGACCAUAGAUUUCAAGAUGCUUCGCUCUAUCAAAAAAGAUAAUGAGGCUCUAGGAACCACAGAUUUUGUUGACAAAUCAGACGGGACAGUCUUCUUCAGAACAUGUGAGAAGGAGAGGAAUAAAGUGGUGUUCCAGAUUGGCACAAAUGAUCCACAGAGAGCAUUAAAAGUUGGAAAGAUGAUAGAGCCAUAUGUAGCUGCCCUGGACGUGAAUAUGGGUUGCCCGAAAGAAUUCAGCAUCAAGGGUGGAAUGGGGGCAGCUCUUCUGACACAGCCAGAAAAGGUUAAGAGCAUUCUCACCACUCUCGUUCAAGGCCUGUCCAUUCCCGUCACAUGCAAGAUCCGCCUCCUGAAGAACAUGGAUGACACUCUGGCACUCUGCAGGACCAUAGAGCAGUGCGGGGUGGCAGCUCUUGCUGUCCACGGUAGGACCAAGGAGGAAAGGCCCAACCAUCCCAACCACAAUGACCAGAUUCGGGAGAUUGCUAAGGCACUGAGCAUUCCAGUCAUUGCAAAUGGUGGUUCAAAGGAGAUCUCAUGCUAUGAGGACAUAGAAAAGUUUCGCCAGGAGACUGGAGCAGCCAGCGUCAUGAUUGCAAGAGCUGCCAUGUGGAACUGCUCAAUCCUUAGGCCAGAGGGAUAUCUGCCCAUGGACACUGUGAUAUCAAGUUACCUGAAAUAUUGCACUGACUAUGACAACCCUUUUACAUAUAGCAAAUACACAGUCCAGAACAUGUUGAGGGAUCAGCAAGACACCUUAAGAGGAAAAGCUUUCUUGGAAACUCAAACCUUGCAAGAAAUCUGCAUCAUAUGGGGCCUCGGGGAAUAUUACAAGACCGAGCAGGGAAAGCAGGCACGUCUCCGCCUUGCCCUCAAUGUGGAAAGGGAGAGCGGCAAAGUGUCCAUGCCCCCAAGUGCAGACCACGUGACCAUUGUGGAGAAGAUAGAGGAAGGGCAGAAAGUGGUGGAGAUGCCCGUGCAGUUCAUAAGAGGGAAUUACAACAACGCAGAUCUGCCAAAGAUGUUACUGAAUACCUAUAUAUAUCGCAACCAGCUGUCAGGACCUAAAUACAGCCAUAUCGUUUAUGACAAAUUCUUCGCAGCAUCAGUAGUUGUUGAUGGCAUUAAAUAUGGAUCAACACUCAAGGAGAAGAGCCGAAGAUACUCGGAACAAGGGGCUGCCAUGGUCUGCCUCCAUGCCCGUGGUGUUGUCAGCAAGACCUAUGGCUUUGUGCCUGCUGAUGGGGCCAGGAAGUACCAGUAUGUGAUUGAUGAGGCAAGGGAGAAAGGGGAGAAGAGGGAAUCGGAAUCCACAGAAAACGACAAGAUGGAAGAGAGGAGCAAUGAUGGAGACAGUGGGGUAUUGGAGCACAAGAAGUGCAAGUUGGAGAACGCAGUGCUGACCGAAAACAGCAUAAUUGUCAAUAGUGGGAUAACUGCAGAUGUAGCUGACUGUAAUAUCAAAGCUUCAUGAUGAAUGUAAUCAUAUUUAUUAGGUUUCCUAUUUACUCCUUUUUAGAUGCAUUGACAAAAGUAUUUUUGAUGUAUAAGCAGAGAGGGAAAAUGGAGUUCUAGAUUUUGUAUGUAUGAAAGAAAAGGUUUAGUGGUCCCAGGAAGUUUUGAAAUUCUCUAGAAAUCAGUGUAUGAAUAUGUACUUACAUAAGGAAAUUUGAUAUUUACACUCAGUUAGCUACAUAUAUAUAUAUAUAUAU